UCCUCACUAUCCUCCCAAAAGUUGCCUCAUAUCACCCUAAUGGACCUCCCACGAUUAUCUUGUUGGCAUCUUCAUCUGUUCUUUCUCUGCUUUUAGUUUUAGUACCCUCUUUCCUCCUAUUCUCUACUUUUUUUUUCCUUUUUUAUUUGCAAUUUCUUGGGUUCUUUUUUCUUCCAUUCAAGAGGAAGCUUUCUUGUAAGGAUGAAGGCAACAAGGAGUAGAGCAGCUGCAAGGAAGGACAACAAGGAAGCAGUAAAGCCUGUUGAAGACAGGAUUAUUGGAAAGCGAAAGGCAGCAAUCCGGGCUGAUAAGAGUAACAAAAAACGCGCUAAGAACGUGACAUCAACCAAGAAAGACCCCAACAAACCCAAGAGACCUCCCACUGCUUUCUUUGUUUUUCUAGAAGAGUUCAGAAUAAUUUACAAACAAGAGCAUCCAAAAGUGAAGGCUGUCUCUGCUGUGGGCAAAGCAGGGGGAGAGAAGUGGAAGUCCAUGUCUGAUGCAGAGAAAGCUCCAUAUGAAGCAAAAGCAGCAAAAAGGAAAUCAGAAUAUGAGAAGCUCAUGGAAGCCUACAACAAGAAACAGGAAAGUAGUGAUGAUGAGGAAGAAGUUGAGUCUGAAACAUCAAAAUCCCAGGUGAAUGACAAAGAUGAUGAAGAAAGUGAGGAGGAUGAAGAAGAAGAAGAUGAGGAUGAUGACUGAAUCUUGCAUGGUUCCUGAUUCAGUCCUGUAAAUGAACAAUGCUACAAAUUCUGGCUUAGUGGCUUUGUAUGAUAGUAUGUUUGAGUUAUGUCAUGUGUGCUUAGUUUUUUGAGGAGAAAGAAAACACAGCUCCUUUAUUGCCAUAUUAGUCCUGUAAGAUUACUUACUGCAUCCGGUCGGCUAAUAUAUACUACCUCAUUAUCUCUGUGAAUAUGUAUCUGAACAUUCUACCUCA